CAUCGAGCCAAGGACAGUCUCCAGGGCGACGAGAAAACAACCAAGAAUAAAGGUUACACAUUGUGUAACAAAGUUUCUAUGGAGGAUGGUCAUUGGGCUUGUAAAAGGAUAUCCAAUUCUACUGAACGUAUCGCUUUCACACGGCGGAUCCCUUUCCCCUUUACGCCCAUGCUAGCUAAGUGUCAAACUACUUGGCGCAACAGAUUUAAAACGUAAUAGGCUAGGCCUACUACUUUGAAUGACGUUAGUUACAGCAAAGGAUGUUAUCGAAGCACACGUAUUUCGUCUGUGGAAGAAUGUCGAGAUGUUUUCGGUUUGUUUUUGGGAUCCGCUAGGAAAGCUAAUUUGUAGUCUUUCCUCCCGAGGCUGUUGAUGUCGAGUAUUUUGAGGUGCUACCGAAUUGGGACGAGGAUCCCUCGGGUCGCCUCUGUAGCGCCCCCCUGCAGACUAAAAACUUUCCUCUCUCGAAGUGAUUUCCUCCCCUGUUUUUACUUCCUGUUUUCUACGGGAGUCACUUAGCUCAGCGCCUUUCAUUUCAACUUUUUUCUUUACGCCUGGUACUUCCAUAGUUUCUUCUGGCGAAAUUUGUAACAUCUGUAAGUUAUCUGUUUCUUUCGAUUCGUUCGAACGUGCGCACUCAGAGCAGACUACAUUCUUUGGAUUUUAAGGAGAAAUGCUUGGCUCGAUUUUAUGAUCGGUCCCGAUGGAUUUCACAUAGAUUUUGUUUUGUUUGCUGGACUGUCCACUUAAUCUAUUAUUUUUUCGCCUGGUCCCGUGCUUUACCUUCUAUAGCCUACCCUUAUUUGCUACAAAGGCAAGUCGAUUACUAGAGCUACUUCUUACUUACCUACUUCGACUUAGCUUAGGCUAUCUUUAGUUCUAACGACUAGUUUUGCGGCUAAAUGUUGUCGACUAUGUUUAGUUUAUAAUUGAUGUCUCUUUGAAAGUUAUAAUGGCUGAGCUUCAGCGACCGACGCUGUGCUGUUGUCGGAAAGUGCUGACGGUGCCCAGCAAGUCCUGUGAAGGCGGCCGGACUUUGGGACAAUGUCGCCUGGUGGACAUUGCGUCGGCCUCCAACUUCCACAGCUUUAAACUUCGACACUUUCAUCUUGACCUCCACCUCAACUUUGCUCUGAAGAGGAUGACUGGGUGGCAGGUCCUCGAACUGGUGCCGAUCCAACCUGGGGUGCAAACUCUGGUUUUGGAUACGCACCCGUCCCUACACAUCCAUUCCAUAGACUGUAAGGUACCCGGUACCGCUGGUUCCCCGGAUAUCUUCCUCUCACUUACAUACCGUGUGGACCCUUUCACAGACUACGGUUCCUCGCUAAACAUUAGCCUGCCGGCCUCAGUCAUUCGGCCGCACCGGGCUUUCCAGAUCACCAUCCGCUACACUACGACAGACGGCCCUGCGAUCUGGUGGCUGGACGCUGAGCUGACGUGUGGUCAGACGCGGCCGCUGGUCUUCACGCAGGGUCACUCCGUUUGCAACCGUUCCUUCUUUCCCUGCUUCGACACACCGGCCGUUAAGAGCACCUACUCUGCCACAGUGCGGGUACCAGAGGGUGUGACAGUGCUCAUGAGUGCAUCUCGCAGCGCGUACUCCAAGCAGGACCGCGUCUUCCAGUUCUCCAUGGAGUUCCCCGUGCCUGCCUACCUGGUGGCGCUGGUAGCAGGCGACCUCCAACACGCCGACAUCGGGCCCAGGAGUCGUGUUUGGGCAGAGCCAUGCAUCCUCACCUGUGCGGUCAGUAAGCUGGGAGGCAGUGUUGAGCGCUGGCUGGCCGUGGCAGAGGGACUGUUUGGCCCUUAUGUCUGGGGAAGGUAUGACAUUGUGUUCCUGCCUCCCUCCUUUCCCAUCGUUGCCAUGGAGAACCCGUGCCUGACAUUCAUCAUCUCAUCCAUCUUGGAGAGCCGGGAGUUUCUGCUAAUCGACGUGAUCCAUGAGAUCGCCCACGGCUGGUUCGGCAAUGCCGUUACCAACGCCACCUGGGAGGAGAUGUGGCUGAGUGAGGGGCUGGCCACCUACGCACAGAGACGCAUCACCACCGAGGCUUAUGGCGAGGCCUUCACCUGCCUGGAGACGGUGUUCCGUCUGGACGCUCUGCACAGGCAGAUGCGUCUCUUAGGAGACAACAACCCCGUCAGCAAACUCCAGGCCAAGUUUGAGCCAGGUGUGAACCCCAGCAGUCUGAUGAAUCUGUUCACCUAUGAGAAGGGCUUCUGUUUCGUCUCCUACCUCUCACAGCUUUGUGGCGACAUCAAGCGAUUCGACAGCUUCCUGAGGGCCUACAUUGAGAAGUUCAAGUUCAGCAGCGUGGUGGCUCAGGACCUGCUGGACUUCUUCCUGGGCUUCUUCCCUGAGCUGAAGGAAAACUGUGCGUCACAGAGAGAAGGGCUGGAGUUUGAGCGCUGGCUGAAUGACUGCGGACCCCCUCUAUUUGAGCCCGACCUGUCGGCCGGCGGAGUUCUGACCGGCCCGGUUCAGCGUCUGUGCGAGCUGUGGGGCACCGACGCCCCCGACGCACAGGCCAUCACAACCUUUGACCUCUCCACGUGGAGCACCUUCCAGACGGUGCUGUUCCUGGACCGCCUGCUGGACCGCUCGCCGCUUCCUCACGAGGUGAUGAGCCAGCUGUCGCACAGCUACUCGGCCCUGCUGGACGGCAUGAACGCUGAGGUGCGCAUUCGCUGGCUGCAGAUCGUGGUGCGGAACAGCUUCUACCCCGACCUGCCACGCGUCCGCAGCUUCCUGCUCAAACACACCUCCCGCAUGUACACGGUGCCGCUGUACGAGGACCUGUGUGGCGGGGUGAUGAAGUGCUUUGCCGUGGAGGUCUUCUACCAGACGCAGGCACGCCUGCACCCCAACCUGCGCCGCACGCUGCAGCAGAUCCUCUUCCAGACCAGCGCUGGCACCACCAUGUCCACCGUCUCCGCUCUCCCCUGCACCUCCAGUCCCACCCUGGACGCCUCGCCGGUCCUUGCCCCGCCUGUUUUGGCUCCCCCGACGACCGGCCCCCACACCCGCCGACCCCCCGGCGAACGGGACCAUUGCGCUGCGAGACGUCAACGUUUCCGCGUGACACCGAUUGCGUGGGGGCGGGGGGGUUGCGACCACUGUGACAGAGGGAGGUGUUGUUAAGAUCUCCCAAAGAAGAAGAUGGAGGGAGUGAACGAGGAGGCCACGGAUGAACGAGUGACCAUGGAGAUGGAGGAGAAGCGAGAGAUAAACGAUUGCGAAGGCCAGAGAAGCAGCAAAGGAUGAGGAGAAAGAUCUGGAAAGGACUUGAAACUAAAAAAUGACUCGUGCACCCUUAUCGUGCCUGGUUGAGACUGGAGGGUGGGAGGGGAGGGGAGGAUGAUUGGGGAUGUGGAUGUGUGAGGGGGGGGGGGGUUACAUGCGUCAGAGGACCAGUUCUCACACACUCACUCACAUACACAUUCACCAACACUGGGUUAUUUAUAUGUCAUAAGCUAACCGUUUACGCUGCUCUUGGUGAAGCGACAGAACGAAGAAUCUCUCCUUAGGGUUGAAUUUAUGCUUAGACUCAACUGUUUUGCGUGCGUGUGUGUGUUUGUGUGUGAGUGAGAGAGAGAUGUGUGUGUGUGAGUGUGAGAGUACACUAGAUAGAUCCAAAUGAUCAGUAUGUGUGAGAAUGUCUGAAUGUUUAUAAGUGACACAUUGGCUUACCUAUGCACAAGUUCACGAAUGUGUGUGACAGUUAGUGCGUGAACCCUGGACCAUUUAUUUUUUUCACUACAACUUGGGGGGAGACCUGGCCAAUGGGAUCGGGUCAACCAGUGACAUGAAACCAGUGACAUGAAGGUCUUCACGCUUCCCUGUGCCUGACGGGGUCGAUGGCCGCCUACCGGUCAAUCAUGGGAGAAACAUUCAAAGAUCACGGAGCCAGACGGACCAGCUGCCAUAGGUACCUCUGCCCUGUGCAGUAUUUGAGGGGGUAUUCCCACACGAGAUGCGUUCCUUCAUCAUGACGAUGCCGAUGAUUUAAAAAAAAAAAAAAAAAAUCAUGAACAGAAUCGAGUGUCCCUUUGUGAUGAAAGUGAGAUAUCAUGCUUGCAUAAGGCUCGCCAGUUUUCAUGAGCUAGUCACAUCCAUGGUAGCGAUCAGGAGUGGUGGUGUGGUUGUUUAUCCUCUCUCCACACGAGUUCAACUGGAAAUUUGUCCUCCUUUCUCAGUUUGGAUUUGUCCCAAGAGCCCCUUUUUCCUUCCUCUGACCCCACCCACCCAACCAACACACACCACCUGACCUCUGUGCCUGGUGCUAAACUCCUCCCACCUGUGAUCUCAGGUAUGUCCGUCAAGAGUGGAGUGGGCAGGGCAAACACAGGUGCCUUCUGGAAGCUUUUGCACUGUUGUGGAACAUGAUGUCACAACACUGCUGCCCUGGAGUUCUGAGGGUUCCUUUGUGUAGUAGACCCUCCUAGCCAUAUGUCUGGUUCAAUAACAGUAAUAAUGUCAGCGUUCCAGAGACUUUGCUCACAUUCAAGUGCAUCACUCCUAUGUUAAUGACAUAGGAGUUAUGUUCUUUAAGUGUUUUUUUUUUGUUGUUUUUGUUAUUUGGAUGAGUUGUAAAAAUAAACACAAUGUAAAUUGAAUGUCUAAAGAGGGACUAAUCAUGUAUUGAUUUAGUUGGUUUGCAAUGUCAUUGGUAGAGAGCAGUCCUCAUCCAGGUUGUAAUUUUGUUAUAAACAAAUGUAAUGGUCCAUGGCAGAGGAAUGGAAAAUAGUUGAAUUUGUGUUUUAAGAUAGUGUUGUUUUACUUUCCAAGUGUGGGUGUGGCAGUGGAUAUAGCCUACACAUUGGUGGGAUACUCGGUCGUUACAAGCCUUAAUCAACUGCACAGGUGAAAACAAACAUUUAUUUUCAAAGUUUUGCAGGUAAUAAAUAAAACUUUCGAGAAAU